CCUUCCUGUUCAGUCAUAACAACAGUCAUGGCCGCCGCUGCACGGUUUUUCAUUCGAGGUGCAAACUCCAGACUUUCCAUCUCCGGCUUUGGCACCGGAGCUCAGAGCUGUUUCGGAGCCGCGCUGCUGAGAUUAUCUCCGGGCUGCAGCUCCCGCACAAAAACACAAAGAAGACAUGCAUCGCACUUUACCUACCAACCUGACCCCGUCCCGACGCAAUAUGGACCCACCCAGAAGAUGAACUUGUUCCAGUCUGUUACAAGUGCCUUGGACAACACUCUGGCCAGCGAUCCGACAGCAGUGAUCUUUGGAGAGGACGUGGCCUUUGGCGGAGUCUUCAGAUGUACCGUGGGCCUGAGAGACAAAUAUGGUAAGGACCGGGUCUUCAACACCCCCCUUUGUGAGCAGGGGAUCGUUGGAUUCGGUAUUGGAGUGGCUGUCGCCGGUGCCACGGCCAUCGCUGAAAUCCAGUUCGCUGAUUACAUCUAUCCAGCGUUUGACCAGAUAGUCAAUGAAGCAGCGAAGUACCGCUACCGCUCCGGGAACUUGUUCGAUUGUGGAAACCUGACCAUCCGGGCCCCGUGGGGCUGCGUCGGCCACGGAUCACUGUACCACUCCCAGAGCCCAGAGGCCUUCUUCGCCCACUGCCCUGGCAUCAAGGUUGUCAUACCCCGUGGCCCUGUGCAGGCUAAGGGUCUGCUCCUCUCCUGCAUCAGUGAUAAGAACCCUUGCAUAUUCUUUGAGCCCAAGAUCCUUUAUAGAGCAGCAGUGGAGCAGGUUCCUGUGGAGCCUUAUACCAUUCCUCUUUCACAAGCUGAAGUCCUACAGGAAGGAAGUGACGUCACUUUGGUUGCCUGGGGCACACAGAUCCACGUGAUGAGGGAGGUGGCGAACAUGGCUCAGGAGAAACUCGGAGUAUCCUGUGAGGUCAUCGAUCUACAGACCAUCCUGCCCUGGGACACUGAAACUGUCUGCAAGUCUGUGGUGAAAACCGGGCGUUUGCUCAUCAGUCACGAGGCUCCGAUCACUGGAGGCUUCGCUGCAGAGAUCAGCUCCACAGUCCAGGAGGAGUGUUUCCUGAACCUGGAGGCUCCCAUCAGCAGGGUCUGCGGUUACGACACCCCCUUCCCUCACAUCUUUGAACCUUUCUACAUCCCAGACAAGUGGAAAUGCUUGGAAGCAAUCAAGAGGAUGAUCAACUACUGAACCCUGUCAGCCGACUCCCGGUGGCCGUGAACUCCGUGCUCCCCCCCCCCCCUUCCUCAUUCAUCCAAUCAGUGGAGAGCGGCCAGGAAAAGACGCUUUGUGAGCAGCCAAUCGGGAAGCAGGAUCCAGAUGGUUCUCCGUGUCCCUCCAUCUCCAGCUUAAAAAACUGUUACUAAACCUCCGGGGGAUUCCUUUUUUACAGGAACGGGUGGUGGUUAGUCGGUUCAUUCAACACGGUGUGAGUUUAAUGCACGUUAUUUAACUUCCUCCAAGACAGGGGUGUCAAAACCUGGACACAUGAAUUUACAAAGGGCAAAAAUUACAAUUAUAAUAACAUAAUGACCUAUAAAUAUUGACAACUGCACUUUUUUCUUUGUUUCAAUGCAAAAAAAACAUUAAAUUAUGAAAAUACUUACUUUUACAAACUAUCCUUUAACAGUAAAACAUGAAU